CCUGCGUGAGGGAAGCCGUGGUUGUAGUUGUAGGAAAUAUAGACGCUCAUCUGAACUUCUCCUCCAUUAGUAUAUCGGCACAUGGUGUGCUACGUAUCGACAAAACCAAUAAUUUGUGUGGCUGUUGAAAUAUUGCAAGAAUUUCGUUGAAAUCUUGAAAUUUUGAGAAAGCGAGAAUGAAGAAGCUAUUCAUUUUGUUCGAACAUGCCUCCGGAUACGCUGUGUUCCGUGUCAAGGAGUUCGAAGAGAUUGGAAUGCUGUUGCCACAGGUGGAAGCUUCCGUGACAGACUUGUCGCGUUUUCGUUCUAUCGUCAGUCUCGUUGGUUUCUCAGCCUUCAAGACUGCGGUAGUAGCACUGGAGAAUAUUAACUGUAUCUCCGAAGGUGUCGUUCCGCCACAGUUACAAAUAUUUUUGGACUCCUGCGUACCAAAGUCAGAAAAGAAUGUUGUUCUUGGUGUCUCGGAUCCUAAACUUGGCGCUAACAUCACCGAAGCUCUAGGCAUAAAGUGCGAUCACGUCAAUGGCAUUCCUGAAAUUAUACGUGGCAUCAGACAACAUUUCCAUCACCUGGUUCAAGGCUUGACUGCUGAAAGUGCAUCAAUCGCGCAACUGGGUCUCGGGCAUAGUUAUUCCAGGGCAAAAGUUAAAUUCAAUAUCCAUAGAGUAGAUAAUAUGAUCAUCCAUACCAUAGGCUUAAUGGACCAAUUAGACAAGGACAUUAACACAUUCAGUAUGCGUAUACGAGAAUGGUACGGCUAUCACUUCCCAGAGCUGAUAAAAAUAAUUCCGGAUAAUCACAUGUACGCCAAAGUGACUAAGAUACUGAAAAACAGGAAGGAACUUCCAGAGGAAAAGCUGGAGGCUCUCGAAGAAACAGUUAUGGACAGUGCGGUGGCGCAGGCAAUCGUCGAUGCGUCCAAGUCUUCUAUGGGGAUGGACAUUAAUAUGGUUGAUCUCAUGAACAUCGAAAUAUUCGCCGAUCGCGUUAUCUCCCUGGGUGAUUACCGGGAGCGCCUGGCACAGUAUCUGAGAAGCAAGAUGUCGGGAGUGGCGCCGAACCUCGCCUCUUUGAUCGGUGACCAAACCGGCGCUAGAUUGAUAGCGCAUGCCGGAUCGCUAACUAACCUGGCCAAAUUCCCAGCGUCGACUGUCCAGAUUUUGGGGGCAGAGAAGGCGUUAUUCCGUGCGUUGAAGACUAGAGGGAACACGCCCAAGUUUGGCUUACUUUUUAAUUCUACGUUUAUUGGUCGCGCUAAUGCCAGAGACAAGGGUAGAAUAUCGAGAUAUCUGGCUAACAAGUGCUCAAUGGCUUCCAGGCUUGACUGUUUCUUAGAUGUGCCGACUAAUGUGUUUGGUGAAAAAUUGAGACAGCAAGUAGAGGACCGAUUGAAAUUUUUCGAAACAGGAGAGAUACCGCAGAAGAACAUCGACGUAAUGAAAGAGGCCUUGAAGGAAUCAUUGGUCUCUGUGGAACAGGAUAACGAGGAGUCUCCUAAGAAGAAGAAGAAAGAUAAGAAGAGGAAAAACGACGUACUGGAGAACGGCAAAAGGGACGACGAGUACAUCAAAAACGGUGACACUGAACAGACGGAUGUGCCGAAAAAGAAAAAGAAAUCAAAGUCAAUAUCUAAUGAUUAAACUAAUACUGAAUUAUUACGAUUUUUAUCUCGCUUUGAAUGGUCAUUGUUUUGUAUUAUUAUACAUGCCUUAUUUUUUUCUUACUAGUUUGUAAGUCGUAUUCAUUUGGGAUCUAUUACAUCUAUUGCAAUUUAUUUUCUUAAUAAGUAAAACGGCGAAUGGAAAUGUUCCAUUGUUAUGAUCACAGAUUUGUAUAAACUGCGCUUCCCGUGAGAGGAAUUAAAGACGACACUGAAAUGAGAGAGUAGUGGCCUGAAUGUGUGUCUGUCUGAUAAGAGCGCGUUGAUAGGAGAAAUAAGGCGGGAUGAAAAAAAAGAGGAAAACUACUAAUGACGAUUGCAGUUAACAAAUCAGUGUUAAUAUGAAAUAUUAUAAUAGCAUUAUAUAUUUGAAAAUGCAGAUAUUGUUGUAUUUAUAAGGUA